AUGGCUUCAAUUUCGCUACCAUCUCCACACAAACUCACCUUCACUGCAAGGAAAAGACUUCCAUACCCUUCACCAAAACCUCAAUUCCCUUCUCACUACCCUCUCUCUAGGCUUCUGUCUGAUUCCACUCUCUGUCGCUGCUCUUCCUCCUCGAAUAAUCCUUCGAUUCAAUGGCGAUGGGAUGCUGCCUUGCAAGCUGUGGUUAAGAAUGCGAUGAAGAGGUUCGAUUCGUAUAUGAAUUCGAUCAAGAAAGAAGAGAAAAAUGAAGUUGGUAACAAAAGGGAUUUUGAGGGAGAAAGUGGGGAGGAGGGAGAAGAUGAUAAUGGUGAAAUUGAGUGGGAUUGGGAUCGUUGGAGGUUGCAUUUUGAUCAAGUUGAUGAACAAGAACGUCUUUUUUCGCUUUUGAAGUUGCAGUUAGGCAAUGCUGUAAGCAGAGAGGAUUAUGAAGAUGCUGCUAGGCUUAAAGUGGCAAUUGCAGCUGCAGCUACAAAUGAUCCUGUUGGCAGAGUGAUGUCGCAGCUGAAUAGAGCAUUAGCACUAGAGCGUUACCUGGAGGCAGCUUUCUUACGAGAUAAUGCUGGUGCUGGAUUGGUGGGAUGGUGGUCUGGAAUUUCUGAAGAUGCUGAUGAUCCUUAUGGUCUGAUUAUAAGAAUAACUGCAGAGCACGGAAGAUAUGUAGCAAGGAGUUAUAGUCCCCGACAGCUUGCUACAGCUGCAGUGGGGGUCCCCUUGUUUGAGAUCUUUCUUACAAUUAAUAAGAAAGGUGAAUACAAACAACAGGCAGUGUAUUUGAAAAAGAAAGGACUUGUCCAAGACCCUUCAACAUUGCCCUCUAAAGCUUCGGGUGCCACAAGUCGCUUGAACCCAUCAGGACCAACUGGAGAUAAAAGUGACCUGUUUGUUGUGAGUACUGAAGAGGCAGAUGAUACUGAUGACUCAGAAGAUGGUUCCGAUCUAGCUGAGGGACUGCCUGGCUUUCAGAACUUAUUGAGAGAUAUGGUUCCUGGUGUGAAGGUCAAGGUUUUGAAAGUGACAACACCAGCAAAGGUGGACAGGGAUUUUAUAUCUAAGGUGAUAGAGCAAAUAAUUGAUGAAGAAGAUGAUGAGAAGGAUAUUGAGUUAGAAAGUGAGGAAGCAGAAGAUGGUAGCAAAAGUGAAAGUGACCAGGAAAGAGAUGAAAUUGAAAUGGAUGCUGGUCGUGGGAUUAUUGAUGAUGAAAAUCAAAGUGAAAUUGCAGUUAAAGUUGUUGUUGGGGGUCUUGCACAGAAACUUUCAGGCAGUGUCUCUGCAAAAGGCUCAAUUAGAGUACCAGCUAAGCUAGAGAAAAAGGGAUGCAAGUUAUUUUCCUUUUCUAUCGAGAAAGAAAUCAACCAACAGAAUGCCAGGGAACUGGCUUCAGCAGACAGAAAAGCUAAGCUUCGAGGUCAACGCAGUGUGGACCAUGUAAUGUUUGAUCUAUCCAAAUUCAUUGGUAGCGAGAAAAUACCCUUGAAGGUGCUUAAAGACGUUGGCGAACUAAUAAAUCUUACCCUCAGUCAGGCUCAAAACCGUCAACCGCUGUCUGGAUCAACAACUUUUCAUCGAAUUGAGAUAUCAACAUCUCCAGAUCCUUUAAAUGGACUAUAUAUUGGUGCACAUGGGCUGUACACCUCAGAAGUCAUACAGCUGCAACGUAAAUUGGGUCAUUGGCAAGACGAUCGUGGGACUAAGGAAUCCUCCAAUCUUGAGUUCUAUGAAUAUGUGGAAGCUGUAAAAUUAACUGGAGAUCCUUAUGUCCCCGCUGGACAGGUCGCGUUUCGUGCUAAGGUUGGGAAAAGAUAUCAGCUUCCUCAUAGAGGCAUAAUUCCUGAAGAAUUUGGAGUGAUUGCUCGAUAUAAAGGACAAGGGAGGCUUGCUGAGCCAGGAUUUAGGAAUCCUCGAUGGGUUGAUGGUGAACUGGUUAUUCUUGAUGGAAAGUACAUUAAAGGGGGGCCUGUUGUUGGAUUUGUGUAUUGGGCUCCUGAAUAUCACUUCUUGGUGUUCUUCAAUCGCCUGAGGCUUCAACAGUAG